CCAAAAGGCACUCUCUCCAUUCAACGAAUACUGAGAAGAAAAAACCCGAUUCCAACCUAAUUCCAAAGCGCCGGCUUUUGUCCUCUUUCCGAUUCCGACUUCUGUCAUUUUUCUUCCACCUUCAUCAUGUUGCCCAUUUGCCCACUCUGUUUCCACUCCCAUCACAACUCUUCCAUCAAUGCCGGAAUCACGGUUUCCCAACUGUGACAACAGCUCUCCAUUCCCGUUCCUCUCUUCUCUGCUUUUCCUUCUAUUAGUCAUGACUACAACAACGGUGGCAAAAGCCUCGACCAUGACCGGCGCUAAAGCACCCCCUCCCUGCGUUUCCGAUUCCGGCCCCGUAAAACCCACCACCCCAUUGGUCGCCUUCCUCGAAAAACUCCAAGAAACCGCCCUUGCCACCUUCGGGAAAAAAGAUUUCGACCCAAAAUACUACGUUGACUUGUCGCUAAAGCUCGAAUUGCCGGCGACUCAGAAGGCUUUCGAUCAGCUGCCACGGUCGGCAGGUGGGUCCGUGUCGGCCAAAGAUUUGAAGGAGUAUGUGGAUGAGUACUUCGGUGGUGCAGGGGAGGAUAUGGUGGUUGCAGAGCCGGUGGAUUUCGUGCCGGAGCCGGAGGGGUUCCUGCCGAAGGUGAAGCACCCGGAAGUGAGGGCUUGGGCUCUGGAGGUGCAUUCCCUUUGGAAGAACUUGAGCAGGAAGGUCUGUGGUGGGGUCCACAAGAAGCCUGAGCUGCACACACUGCUUCCUCUGCCUGAGGAGUUUGUGAUUCCUGGUUCAAGGUUCAGGGAGGUUUAUUACUGGGAUUCUUACUGGGUGAUUAGGGGCUUGCUAGCGAGUAAAAUGUAUGAUACAGCAAAAAAUAUUGUGACCAAUCUCCUUUCCUUGAUAGAAGAAUAUGGAUAUGUCCUAAAUGGUGCAAGGACCUAUUACGCGAACAGAAGCCAGCCACCACUUCUGAGUGCAAUGGUUCACGAAAUAUACAAGCGGACGGGCAAUGUGGAAUUGGCACGGAAGGCUCUCCCUUCACUGAUGAAAGAACAUGAGUUUUGGAAUUCAGGUAUUCAUAAGGUAAUUGUUCAGGAUUCUGAAGCUCAGAAUCAUACUUUGAGUCGAUACUACGCAAUGUGGAACACACCGAGGCCUGAAUCUUCAACCAUUGACAAGGAAUUGGCUUCCAAUAUCUCGAACCUUUUUGAGAAACAGCAAUUUUACCGGGAAGUGGCAUCAACUGCCGAGACUGGAUGGGAUUUCAGUACAAGAUGGAUGAUGAACCAUUCGGAUUUUACAACGUUGGCUACCACAUGGAUUUUACCUGUUGAUUUGAAUGCAUUCUUACUCAGGAUGGAACAUGACAUUGCCUUCCUUGCAAAAGUCACAGGAGACUCUAAAAUUUCUGAGCGCUUCCUGAAAGCCUCCGAAGCAAGGCAUAAGGCCAUAAAAGCUGUUUUCUGGGAUGCAAAGAAGGGACAAUGGCUAGAUUACUGGCUCAACAGAAACACAUGCAAUGAGGAAGAUCAUACAUGGGAAGCCUGUAACCAGAAUCAGAAUGUAUACGCUUCAAAUUUUGUCCCUUUGUGGCUUGAGCCGUUUUACUCAGAUGCUUCUGUGGUAGAGAAAGUUACAAAAAGUCUUCGAAGCUCAGGACUGAUUUGUCCUGCUGGUAUUGCAACAUCCCUCACAAACUCAACACAACAAUGGGAUUUUCCAAAUGGUUGGGCCCCACUCCAACACAUGAUAGUUGAAGGUCUGUUAAAUUCUGGAUUAGAAGAAGCGAAAUCAAUGGCGGAAGACAUUGCUGCGAGGUGGAUCAGAACCAACUAUGUUGCCUUCCAGAAAACACACACAAUGCAUGAAAAAUAUGAUGUGCGAGAGUGCGGAGCAACCGGUGGUGGUGGUGAAUACAUACCCCAGACUGGAUUUGGGUGGUCAAAUGGAGUUGCAUUGGCAUUCUUGGAGGAGUUUGGAUGGCCUCAAGACAGAAAGAUAGAUUGUGACCCUUAAGCACUAGUACA